GCCGACCACUACGGAUCGUUAGAUGUCAUAUAUUACGACUAAUCCCCUCACCCUUCCCCACGUCAUCUCUCAAACUCACCACAUACGGUCCGUGUAACUUUGCCUUCACAGCUGAAUUGAAGGAAACUGUGUCCGGCCUCAACCUCGGUCCAUCAUGAAUUGCCCUUCCAGGACCGAUGAAGACUUGCUCCUGAACCCAGGUUGGAACCAGAGCCCACCGCGCUUUGCCGCAGACCUUACGACUCGCCAGGAUCUGAAUGGCAUUGCGAAUUCUAGGGAGCUCCGAGAUGCAGAUGGUUUGUGCAGCGGUCCCCAGAGCCUCAGGCGCUGUGAGCUUGAAGAAAGAAACUUCCAACAGAAGGAAAAGCAGCCAUUAGUCAUGGGGGAGGGUGUCAAGGGCCCUCUAAGAGGACCUUACACCCGAACAAUCGAACAUGUGAGCUAUGAGUACCGAGCUGGUCUCAAAACCACGUCGAGCAUCAUCAGCUGGGCGAAAUGGCUAUUUUCUGUGAUGUGUACAUCCGCUUUGAUCUCUUUUGCUAGCGGAAACUAUACGCCCACGUUUCAAUUUCCACGAGGUAACGCGAACCACCGCCUUUCCAGCAGAGCUACAUGCGAGAAUGGCAAAGCUCAACCAAAUUACGACCUCCCCUUCCAUGUUGGAGGCCUCUUCAUAAUCCUGUUCGUAUCGAGCACUGGCUGCGCUUUUCCGAUUCUCGUACUUAAAUUUCCGCGCCUGCGUAUACCCCCUUCCUUCCUCUUUGCUGCCAAGCACUUUGGAACAGGUGUUUUGAUUGCAACAGCUUUUGUUCAUCUCCUCCCCACCGCGUUCCUCUCCCUUAGCAACCCCUGUCUGUCUAGCUUCUGGACAGACGACUACACUGCCAUGCCAGGAGCGAUCAUGUUAGCGAGUAUCUUCUUCGUCACUAUUAUCGAAAUGGUUUUUUCUCCCGCCCAACAUAUGUGUGGCGGAAACGAGGGCGUCGCUGCUGUAUCGCGUCGAACGGGAGGCCCAAGUAAGGAGAUGGAGCAGGCCAUCCCACAGGAAACGACGAUGCGAAGAACCUAUUCCGACAGUAACAUGCCGGUCCGCGAGAUGGGGCCCUUGCGCGGAAGAGUAACUAGCAUCAGCCGUACACUUUCCCGUUACCGUGGAGAUAGCCAGAGACUUGACGCAAUCGAAGCUGCCGGUUCAGAGCAGGAAACCCCUAUUGAAGCCUCCAAACACGAAAGCGACGAAAGUGUCCUCGAGGAAGAUCCUGAGAGUAAUCAACAUAACCAUGUGCUCACACCCGAGCAAGUGCACAAGAAGGCUAUCAUGCAGUGUUUUCUCCUGGAAAUGGGGAUUCUGUUCCAUAGCAUCUUCAUUGGCAUGUCUCUUUCUGUUGCAGUGGGCAACGACUUUGUUGUUUUGUUGAUUGCUAUCAUCUUUCAUCAAACAUUUGAAGGCCUUGCGCUUGGUGUUCGCAUUGCCGAUAUUAAAUGGCCUGCUCGUGCCUGGCAACCUUGGCUUAUGGCGUUUGCAUAUGGCUGCACCACACCCCUCGGCCAAGCAAUUGGCAUCGCAACGCAUACGCUCUAUAGCCCCAACUCCGAGAUUGGUCUUCUCGUUGUUGGUAUCAUGAACGCCGUCUCCGCCGGUUUCCUCGUCUUCGCCUCUCUCGUUGAGCUCAUGUCGGAAGACUUCUUGAGCGAUGCGAGCUGGCAGAUUCUCACCGGGAAGAAGAGAGUUGUUGCGUGUGUGUUGGUGUUUUUUGGAGCUUUUUUGAUGAGCCUUGUCGGGGCCUGGGCGUAAGCGGUCCAUGCUGGACGUUUAACCAGUCACAGGAUGUAGUUUACACAGACAAGAACUGUGAUGUCGUGAACGGGGAUGUGCAGUAGGGUUACACGCAAAUGUGUAAGGUCCCUCACUGUGUCGUGAGACACAAUGUGGCGAGACAAUUUCCUGGUCUAAUUGUAUAAAGGUGUUCUCUCGCAUAGAGAUAAGGUUGUAUAGAUCUCAAUGUUACCGUUACAAUAGAUGAGGGGUACUUCAACUUCGAGCGACUUUAACGCCGCUG